CAAAAUAUCGGAGCAAAAAACUACCGGUGCGAAAACUGAAUAGACUAAACCAAUUAAGACAAUGUAGUUUGAGCGUUGUGUAAUACAAAAUUGCGAAUUCUUAAAUUAACUUAAAAAAAAUUAUUUAAUCUACAAAUAUGGACGACUUCGCAAAGAAGUGUACAAUUGAGUGCAAUGAUGAAUUGGGAAGAUAUGUCACCGCAGCAGUGGACAUGAAAGCCGGCGAAACUUGUCUGCUAGAACAGCCAAUAUUGCUGCUGGCUCUCAAUGGCGAUAGCCGAUGCUCGAAUUGCUUGAAACUAACUAAACAAUUUUGCAGCACCUGCCAAGUCUUUCUACUCUGCGACAAUUGUACAUCACACAAUGAAUACGACUGCCAUUUACUUGCCGACAUGGAAAAGUUACGCAUAGACUUGCUCAGGGAAAAUCCUAACACGUAUGGACUUCUCAAAAGUUUACUUCUGCGCGAAAAUCCAGCAAAUGCUGCAUACUAUGAGCAAUUAUUACAAAUGGAGGCGCAUUUAGAAGAACGGCGCAACACUGAAAUUUGGAAAGAUUCGCAAAAAGGCGUCGUCGAGCCCAUACUUAACGCAGGUUUGACAAAAUAUCUGAAAGAUGGAAAGUCCAUAGAUGUAACACUGCUGCAAAAACUUCUGGCCAUCGUUGAUGUUAACUGUUUCGAGGUACGAGCGCCGGAUGAAGGCCAGUUACGUGGCAUCUAUCCGCGUGCAGCACUCUUAGCGCACAGUUGUAUAUCGAAUGUUCAGUCAUGUAUCGAUGAAAGUUAUCAGCUGAAAAUGUUUGUCACGCGUGAUGUGAGCAAAGGAGAAAUGCUCUAUAAUUGCUACACAAAUGUGUUGUUGGGCACCGACGAGCGGCGUAAUAUGCUAAAGGUGGGCAAGUAUUUCGACUGUAAAUGUGAACGCUGUGAGGACCCCACCGAGCUGGGUUCACAUAUGAGCAGUUUUAUGUGCGCGCGUUGUGCCGAGAAUAAGCGAGAGGGGGGUUUCAUUGUAAAGCAGAUGAGGAAGCAGUAUGCGGUGCAGAAGCCGCAGCCACAGACGCAACAGCAAUCAUCGAAAAAUCUCCCUAAGCAGGCGUGGGUGUGGCAAUGUCUGCAGUGUGGGCAUACGCUACCGGUCGAUACUGUAGACCAGCUGGUGGAACGGGCCAAAGAAGAAAUGUUUCAUGCCAAAGAUGAUAUUACACGUUAUGAGCUCUUGCUGGCCAAACUCACGCGCUACUUUCAUCCCAAUCACUACCUAUUGCUGGAUAUCAAGCAAAAUAUUGCGGCGAUUUUGCGCUCCAUACUACAAAAUUUCACAUUGCAGCCGGGCCGGAAGGUUUACGAGCGCAAAGUGCGACUUUGUCAGGAUAUAUUUGGUGUUUUACAGAUUAUUCUACCAGGUAUUUCGCGGUUGAAAGCGAUUGUACUCUAUGAAAUGGCUAAUACAUCGGCAGAGUUGCAACGCAUGCGAUACGAGGAAAAGGAGUUGCAGAAAUCGGAGCUUGUCGAGCUUUUGAAACGAAUAGAAAUGAUGCUACGUGAAUCAAUACGAAUGUUAAUUUAUGAACCCCCCGAGACGCCGGAGGGUCAAAUGACAAAGAGUAUGUUGAAAGAGCUAAAGGAUCUGCAGAACGACAUUAAGUAUUUGGAUGAAAACUAAAAUGAAAGUGAUGUAGAUAAAUUUGGAGAAAUUUUCCGAAAGUACGACAAAAUUAGUUUCAUAAAAUUUUAUUAUGUAUAAAAAUAUGUACA